CUGUACAUAUUAUAUACAGUAUAGUUUGUCUCUGGUUUGUCAGUUAGUACAGUACAGUGUGCAGUGUGCAUGCGGUAUAGAAUACAGUACUAGUUUAUGUAGAUUGAGCUGGUUUACUGUUAGAUAUAUAGAUCUGGCAAUGGCAGACGGUGGAAAUGCAGUUCAGAAUAGCUCAGGACAACCUGUGAAGAGCAUCCUCAAGAAAGGGAAACCUAAAGCAGCAGCCACACCUAGCUUUGGAAAUAUUGAUGCCGAUGGUGGUAUCCAAUGGGACGAGAUGAACAUAUUGAUGACAGAGCACCCCCCGGACAAGGACUAUGGCCACAUGAAGAUAGAGGAGCCCAAGACGCCCUAUCAUGAGCUGGUGGACGAUGAGGGGGAACCAAUCACACCUGGCCUCAUCUCCCCUGAUGACCUAGCUAGCCGGGUACAGGAGGCUGCCUCCGGUGAUGGCGCUGGUCCUAGCAAGUGGGAGCAAGAGUCGAGUGACAGUGAGGAUAAUGAGGAACAGAUCAAGCACAAGGAUGAGUUUCGACAAUGGAGGAAGAAACAUUACAACGAGUUUUAUGCUGUUAAACGAGCCAGAGAGCUCAUCCCAAAGGACCUUGCUGAAGCUGAGGCUGAUGAUAACGACCCAACUGCCUCCAGUUGUCAUGUGAUAUCAGCUGACACGUCCAUGGCGAGUGUAGGGUCAGCAGACAGUGAUGACAUGGAGGACACCACUAGCUAGUGUCACGUGUAUGUAGCCGCCAGUAAAUCCUUAGUUUCUUUUGCACUACCCUUGUUCAUGUUUUGUGAUGAUUUAACACUCAUUCAAAUUUUAUUGUUAGCAAAUUGAAA